UAUAUUCUCACAAAAUGGUAGAAUUAUCGACUGUAAAAUCAUCUAUGUAAUGUUCUCAUCAUUGUAAUAGCAUAAUUAAUCAGACGUUAAAAAAAAAAAUCGUCUGUUCUAUUUGUUUAUGUAAUAAAUUAUCGUUUACCCGCCGAUCAUCUCGCGGAAUAUUUUUUUAACAGAGUUGUAAUUUGUAAAGAAAACCAAAAAAAAAAAAAAAAAUCACACUUUUAUCCGCUAGGGUUUUUGAAGUUUAGCUCGUGCGUCGCGAUAAUCGCCAAUGGCGAAACCUAGCCGUGGCCGUCGUUCACCUUCCGUCUCUGGGUCUUCAUCUCGGUCCAGCUCCAGCUCCAGAUCUCGUUCGAGUGGGUCCAGGUCUCUUUCCCGUUCUAGAUCGCUCUCUUCUUCUUCGCGGAGCGUGAGCUCAGGGAGUCGUAGUCCUCCACCUCGUGGAAAAAGGAAAGCCGCACCGAUUCAAGAAUCUCUUGUUCUCCAUGUUGAUUCUCUUAGCAGGAAUGUGAAUGAAGGCCAUCUCAAAGAAAUAUUUGGCAAUUAUGGUGAAGUUGUACACGUAGAACUUGCGAUGGAUCGAGCUGUUAAUCUUCCAAAAGGAUAUGCUUAUGUUGAGUUUAAGGCAAGAGCUGAUGCUGAGAAAGCCCUGCUGUUUAUGGAUGGCGGCCAAAUUGAUGGAAAUGUUGUUAAAGCAAAGUUCACACUACCAUCGCGUCAGAAACUAUCUCCACCCCCUAAACCUGUCUCAACUGCACCAAAGAGAGAGGCUCCAAAACCUGAUAAUGCCGCUGCUGGCAUUGAGAAAGAUCGGCCCAUGCGCUCAAGAGAGACUUCUCCAAGAAGGCGAUCACCACUACCUAGGAGGUUACCUGAUUCUCCCCCUCGCCGGAGGCCGAGCCCUCCUAUCCGCCGUCGUGGUGAUACACCGCCCAGACGCAGGGCAGCAUCGCCACCUAGAGGCCGUUCUCCAUCUUCUCCACCUCCAAGAAGACAGAGAUCUCCUCUAAGGGGCUCCCCUAGAAGAAUCCGCGGCAGUCCUGUUCGAAGACGUUCUCCUCCUCCUCUAAGGCGAAGGUCACCUCCAAGGAGACUACGCAGUCCUCUCAGAAGAUCUCCAAUCCGCAGGCGUAGCCGAUCCCCAAUUCGUAGGCCUGGUCGCUCUCGUUCAAGGUCCAUCUCACCCCGCAGGGGACGAGGUCCAGCUGGGAGACGUGGGAGGUCAUCUUCUUCUUACUCCAGUUCGCCAAGUCCCAGAAGAAUUCCUAGGAAGAUUUCGAGGAGCCGCAGUCCUAAGAGGCCACUGAGAGGAAAAAGAAGCAGCAGUAACAGCAGUAGCAGCAGCUCACCGCCUCCUCGCAGAACAUAACAAUGUAAUAAAAAAAACAUAUUAUCUCUCGGCUGAAGUUUUGCCAGUGACCAAAUGAGAGUUGUGGCUUUUGUAGUUUUUAUAUUUUGUGCAUCUCCAGCUAUAGAACUGAUUUGGAUUUCAGUAUAGUCUUAUGAGUUAAAGACGAAGAACUGUUUGUUUCUUUUUUCUCACCCGCGUGUUAAAAAGCAAAGAGAACUUGUUGAAAUGUAAUAAAUGGGAAGAACACGAUCUUGUUA